AUGUCGCUCGACGACGAUCGGGAACAUGGUGAUAAACCAACUGGCCAGUGGUCAAUUGGGGGAGGAAGACCAUUUCCGCCGGCUCUGGAAGAUAGAGAGCUUUAUCACGUCUGCUUUGACGGCCCUGAUGACCCCCUAAAUCCUCAAAAUUGGCCCUCAACCACAAAAUUUCUGACCUCUGUAUUAGCUUGCUCUGGUACAUUCAUUGCGUCCUUGAACAGUGGCAUGUUCCCUCCGGGAAUUGACAAAGCGAGCCGUGAAUUUGGGGUUGGGAGGGAAGUGAUUACUCUGGGUACGACACUCUUCGUUCUGGGCUUUGCGACGGGCCCGAUGAUCUGGGCGCCCAUGUCCGAGCUCCUGGGCAGGAGACUGCCUUUAUUAAUUGCCAUAUUUGGAGAAGGGAUAUUCACCAUUGCUUGUGCGGUUGCAAAGGACGUUCAGACUCUCAUCAUAUGUCGAUUCUUCGCUGGAGUAUGCGGCGCCAGCCAACUGACCGUUGUGCCUGGUGUGCUUGCCGACCUUUAUAACAACACACAUCGAGGAGUCGCGAUUGCUGUAUACGCUCUGACAGUAUUCGGGGGACCGUUCGUUGCGCCUAUCACUGGUGGGUUUACGGCGUCGAGCUAUCUUGGUUGGAGAUGGACAUUGUAUAUCCCAGCUUUCCUUUCCUUCGCUACCAGCUUGCUCUCGCUAUUCUUCUUAAAGGAGACAUACGCCCCGUGUGUUCUCACCGCAAAGGCUUCUUUGCUUCGGAAACAAUCAGGGAACUGGGGAGUUCAUGCGCAACAAGAAGAGGCUGAGCUUGAUAUUGGCAGCCUAGCCGAAAAGUACUUAACCCGGCCGCUAAGACUCCUUAUAACCGAGCCUGUCCUUCUUCUGAUAUCGCUUUAUAUGUCCUUCAUCUAUGGCUUGGUGUAUGCCCUCCUAGUGGCAUACCCCUACGUUUUUGAGCACGUAUACGGUAUGACACCAGGGGUUGCGGGCUUGACCUUUGUCGGCCUGAUUGUUGGGAUUCUCUUGGGCCUCGCCUUUAUUCUCUCGCAACAGAGGAAGUAUAUCGAGAAGCUGGUACACAACAACAACAUCCCCGUCCCCGAAUGGCGUCUGUUUCCAACCCUGAUUGGAGCUCCAAUAUUCACUAUUGGCCUUUUCUGGUAG